CAUCCCAUCGCAUCCUUAUUCUCAUACAAUCCGAAGCUCAUUUUAAGCUCUUGUUCUUGCAAGCGUUCAGUUUAAUUCGCUGGAUUCCGUUUCCAAUCAACCUGUGUAGUCUGCAAACAUGUCUCUUAUCCCAACCUUCUUCGGCAGCCGACGAAGCAACGUCUUCGACCCAGUCUCUCUGGACGUCUGGGAUCCAUUCGACGGCAUGUUCACCUCCCCAAUCUCCAACGUGCCGGCGUCGAAUCGCGAAACCUCCCAGUUCGCCAACGCCAGGAUCGACUGGAAGGAGACGCCGGAAGCCCACGUCUUCAAGGCCGAUCUGCCGGGGCUGAAGAAGGAGGAGGUGAAGGUUGAGGUGGAAGAAGGCGGGAUUCUGCAGAUAAGCGGCGAGAGGAGCAAGGAGCAGGAGGAGAAGAACGAUAAAUGGCACAGGGUGGAGCGCAGCAGCGGAAAGUUCCUCAGGCGGUUCCGGCUGCCGGAAAAUGCGAAGUUGGAGGAGGUCAAGGCAAGCAUGGAGAACGGGGUGCUGACUGUAACUGUGCCUAAGGCGGAGCAGAAGAAGGCCGACGUGAAGGCCAUUCAGAUCUCUGGUUGAGAUCACCAACUAAAAAGCAUGGCCUUUUGUGUUCCUGAAUCUUGGCGCUUUCCUUUUAGUCCUGUUUGUCAGAUGUUAAAAUAAAAAUAAAUAAUAUAUGUUUUGAGAUGGUGUCGUAAAUUGUGAGAUGUUUGUUGUGAGUGCUAUAUAUGUAUAAUAUAAAUGGUUCAACUGUCCUGUUUUAUAGUUGAUUGAAGGAAUGUAUCAAAUAAUACUUUUAUCAGAUAAGGAGAAAGCCUUCUCUAUCUCGACUUGGAAUUUGAAAA